AUGAAACAUAAAUAUCAACAAACAAAAUUAACGACAUUAUUGUCAAUCAUUGCAGUAAUAUUAUUAUGUCAAGAUGAUUUUAAUUAUUAUUCAAAUAGGUUGAUUGGUCUAUUCAAUCAUCACUAUCAUCAUCAGCAGCAGCAGAUAAAUAUACAACAGAUAAUAGCGUCACAGACAAAGAGUAUUACUAGUUAUAGUUCAUUGUUUGUAGAGGCAGUUGGACAAUGUGAAACAUUGGGACCUGAUUCAUGUCUCACAGCCUAUCCAGAUUGUAUGAUCAUACCUCUAAGAGGUUGUUGUUUUGGUAUCGGAUCGAUAUGUGUCAGUGCAACAUACAACUAUGCAAGAGAUCCAGCUGCUGGAAAUAUUACAAAAUGUCUACGUAACCUUGUCACUAAUCAAGUGUAUCAGUUGGACUAUGACUUUCAAAAUAUAUCUGGUUAUGCAAUUUAUGAUCCUAUUGUUGAGGAUUGUGAAUCUGCGAAAUGUGAACAAAAGAACUUGGAUUGUAAAAUGAUGUCUGGUCAAUGUGAGAACCCUACUUUAAAGUGUUGUAGCCCUGCUCCUGUUUGUUUUGAAAAGAAAUUGGCAAGAGGAGAAUGUGAUAAUAAUUGUAAAGAUGGAUUCAUUUGCAAAAUUGUCAACGAUGUCAAUACUUGUCUUCCAACAUCAUGUGAUUAUCUAGUAUGUGAUAUAUACAGUGAAUGCUAUGAGCUCGAAGAUUUAAAUAUAGCUGCUUGUUAUUUAAAAUUAAAUAGUUUGCCUAUAAAGCCUGGAUGCAAAGAUACACCAUGUCCACCUGGUUUCCAAUGUUCACAUGGUAUAUUUACAGAUUAUGAUUGUGUACCACUACACAAUGAUGUUUUCCAUGGACCGAAUGGAUGUGCAUUAUGUCCACCUGGAUUUACUUGUGAUGAAUUUGGAUGGGGUACAUUAUGUACAGAAUGGUCAUUUAAUAAUCCAGUGGAUGGUGAUGAUUGCUUUGGAAGUAAAUGUUUGUUUAAACAGCAUUGCAAUCAAACAACACAACGAUGUGAAUUCUCUAGAUGUAGAGAUGACCCUAGUUUGUGUAAAGGUGGAAUGCAAUGUAUUCAAUUUGAUGUAACACAUCCUCGUGUAUGUGCAACAACUUCGAUCAUACCUGUGAGUGAGUAUUCUGCUUGGGCAAAUCAAUUCCCUUUUGUCUCUUCGGCACCUGGAUUUGAUGCUCCACCAGAGACAUUAAAUCGUGUCGUAGAAGAGCUCAAGAGUCUCAACGCUGCUCAGUCAAGGCGUGUCAUCCAAGAGGAGCAUGGGUUUGACAAAAAGAUUCAAGGAGUACCACAAGAGUCGGAUAUGCUAGCGAGAAUGAAGAAAUUACAGGAUGAAUUUAAUCACCAUAUCGGUGGUCAAUCAAAUAAUGACCCUAUUACAUUUAGUACACAUGAAAAUGACAAUGAUCAACAUUUCAAUCCACCAUCGCCACCGCGACAACAAACUAGACAACAACAUUUCAAACAAGAGGAACAAAUAUUUAAUCAAAUUCAACAGAAAUUACAAUCUAUGCGCCAACAACAAGAAAGAGAGGAUAGACAACAGGAUCUGGCAGAUCAUAACAAUCUUCAUUUUAAUAGGCCACGAUAA